GCGGCGGGGGGAGGGGGCGGGACCAGCGGACGUCAGGGGGUGGAAGAAAACAGCAGAUCAGGAAUCAAAACAAGACACGGACACGCCUUCGCUCUAAAAGGUUAUAGCAGCUUAUUUCUUCUACCUGCUGCAAGCAGCAAAGCCCACGGCUGGAGGAAACCUCCGCCGCCAAGCGAGGCGCAAAACAGAAAGCGCAAACGCUCCGUCGAAGUCCGCAAAUGGAGUCCACAGAAAUGCCAGACGGCGCUGACGGGAGGCGCUGAUAGAGGUCGAAAACCCAGCCGCCGACGUUGCGAAUCGCGUAAAAUGCCCAACCAGAAGAGCAGCAAGGGGAAGAAGAGCAAACGCACGAACAGCAGCGGGGACGAGCAGGAAAAUGGAGGCUGCGCGGCAGCAGCGGGAGGCGCGGCCGCGGCGGCGGCUGCUGCAGCGACCGCUGCGCCUCGGACGGAGCGCUCCAGCGAGGUCCAGUGCGCCUCCCCUCUGGGCUGCAGCCUGGGCCGCUCCAUCGACCUGGAGAAGGACGACCACCAGCGGGUGCUCUGCAACAACGAGCUCUGCCCGUACGGCAACUGGAUGCACCUGCAGUGCUUCUACGAGUGGGAGAGCUCCAUCCUGGUCCAGUUCAACUGCAUCGGCCGCGCCCGCUCCUGGAACGAGAAGCAGUGCCGCCAGAACAUGUGGACCAAGAAGGGCUACGACCUGGCCUUCAGGUUCUGCUCCUGCCGCUGCGGACAGGGCCACCUGAAGAAGGACACCGACUGGUACCAGGUGAAACGCAUGCAGGACGAGCGCAAGAAGAAGCCGUCGGAGCGCAGCGCCGGCAGGACUGGGGCCAGCGGGGGCGCCAUGGGGCCCGGGGACGGUCCGUUUGAAGAGCCUAAGAAGAGCAAGCCAGCAGCAGGGGCAGCAGGGGGGAAGUUAUCCCAAAGGGCCUCCAGUCAGGAGUUACCUCGUAGACAAUCAGUAGACCGCCAGAACUCCAUAGAAAGAGGGGGACAUGCGGCGGGAGGACUGUCUCCGCUGGGUCCCCCUCAGAAAUCCCCGUGCGACUCCCCAGGACUGUCCCCUCCCAGCGGGUUUAACUUCUCCCCAACGCCUGUUCUCGGGUCCGGAGGAGCCGGGCUGCGAGGUUCCCGCCAGCUGGGCGAGUUCUUCAAAUCGGCCGUCCACAUGGACCCCCAGAGGAAACACCUGCUGGCCAGCGGCGCUCUGAGUCGCCCCGCCGGUUCGGCUGGGGGUCCUCACCUGGACCCCGGGUCCGUCUUCCCGCUGCAGCUGUCCUUCGCCCUCCCGCUCCACCCGCGGCUGACCGGCGGAGGGGACGGGGCCCACCCUCACCCGGUGCAGUUCCUGAGGAGGCUGGACCUCUCGGAGCUCCUCACCCACGUCCCGCGCCACAAACUCAACACGUACCACGUCCGUAUGGAAGACGACGCCCAGGCCGGCCAGGGGGAGGAGCUGCGCAGGUUUAUCCUGUCUGCUCUCAGUGCGAGCCAGAGGAACGUGGUCAACUGCGCUCUGUGCCACCGCUCGCUGCCCGUGUUCGAGCAGUUCCCCCUGGUGGACGGGACGCUGUUCCUCAGUCCGUCACGCCACGACGAGAUCGAGUACGAUGUCCCCUGCCACCUUCAAGGUCGAUUAAUGCACCUCUACGCCAUCUGUGUGGACUGCUUGGAGGGCGUCCACAAGAUCGUCUGUAUUAAGUGCAAAUCACGCUGGGACGGGAGCUGGCACCAGCUGGGCACCAUGUAUACCUACGAUAUACUGGCUGCUUCACCUUGCUGCCAGGCUCGGCUCAACUGUAAGCACUGCGGCAAGCCGGUGGUGGACGUCCGAGUCGGGAUGCAGUAUUUCUCAGAGUACAGCAACGUCCAGCAGUGCCCUCACUGCGGCAACCUGGACUAUCACUUCGUUAAACCCUUCUCCUCUUACAAAGUACUAGAGGCUUAUUGACAAACGUUUCAACACACGCUAGUUCAGAUGCUUUUUGUUCUCAUUUUCUAACACAAUUUAGGACAGAUCUUUAAUUUUCUGGGGCCUUAAAGGUGGUUUUAUGAUUUUAAGUUCUCCCUUUUUUAAAAAAAGAAAUACGAUGGAAGAAAAAGUCGAAGUGUGAGAGAGGAAAGUGUUGAUAAAGUGUGAGCAAACACAUUUAUCUGAGACAAGUGAAUGUAUCUGUAAGCCAAAUUUGCUUUUAUUUUUUACCAAAACCAAUCUUAAAAUAAAGAGAAAGAUUCACA